CACACUUACACACGGCAUCGAACGAAUCACUCACUGUGGUAUCUACAGUCCUACAACCGAUCAGAUGGCGAGCGGCAGCGGCAAAGCCAAGGCAUCGUCGUGGGCGGCGGCGAUGAGCGUGGGCGCGGGCACGGUGGAGGCGUUCAAGGAGCGGCAUGCCGGGCUGUGCCGCUGGAACCACCACGUGCUCCCAUGCGUCCAGCAGCGCGCCGACACCGCGGCCGCCGGAAACGGCAAGGGCAAGGUGGCUCCCGCUGCCGGCGGGGCGGCGGCGAGGAGGCGGAAGGCGAGGCAGGAGCAGGAGGAGGAGCUCCGGACGGUCAUGUACCUCAGCAACUGGGGACCCAACAACUAGCUAGCAGAUUACUCAUUACGUACUGUAUUAGUUAGAGUAGAUCGGUGAGCUGCAAUAGUUCGUGCUACUGGAUGAACGUGAACUCAGGAUGGAUAUUGCGCA